CGGGCUGCGCGCCGCAGUGUGUGUGCGCGCACUAAACUGAGCUUUUCCACACUCUGUGGUCCAUCGAUUUGCUGGAAACUCAUUUGGAUUCGGAGCUUAAAAUUAUGCCACCGUAUUCCAGGGCAGAAGUGGAGACGCAUCAGCCAAAGGAAACUUGUUUGGGGUUGAUUUUGUCCGCAUUGUUGGCAUCUGUCAUUUGCAGAAGUGCGUUUUUACACACAGGUCCAUGAGAGGAGCGCGAGCAGGGUGCAGAAAAGAUGGCAAGAGGUGGUGGAAUCAGCAGGAUCCCAUUGCAACAUCUGCCCAGUAUCACCUGACCUACUGGAAGGUGCUUUUCCUAAUGAGUGUGUGUCUGCUGGAGAUUGUGGAAGGGCAAAAACUGGCAGAGGAGAGGGAAGAAUCACACUCCACCACACUGAUGGUCCAGAAAGAGCAGAGACAACCUCCAUGGGCUGCACUUUAUGAUCCAUCAGUGGCAGAGGAAGGUGAGGGAUACAGGGCCAGAUGGCAUCAGUCUCUGGCAGACAUUUCUGGAACUUAUCGAAAAUCCCGCAAAGGACACAAGAACCGAAAGCGGCAGCGAGAAAAUCUGAACCAGGACUGUCACCUUGAGAAGAAACAGAUGCGUGUGCGUGACCUGGGCUUGGGCUAUGAUUCAGAUGAAAUCGUGCUCUUUAAGUACUGUGUGGGGACGUGCAUGAGCUCACGAAGGAACUAUGACAUGGCGCUUAAGAUUCUGACUGAGAACGGCAGCAUCUUGGGCCGUGAUGUGAGCACUCAUCCAUGCUGUAGGCCUACACGCUUUGAGACGGUGUCUUUCAUGGACACCCGAACAAACUGGCAAACCAUCCGGUGGCUCUCAGCAGCCAACUGCAGCUGUGUGGGAUGAGAGGAGGAAACAGAGCAGCUUGGUAAAAAUGAGAAAUAAAAUAAAAAAAAAACUCCGGGAUGGAUGAAGACAAGGAUUUGACGAAGUUGUAUCUCUUCUGGCACCUCAGAUGGAGAGCUCAACUGGUUGUUCUAUAAAGAGCAACAUGACAGAUACAGAUGUUGCAGCUGUUGUGCCAUGAAUGGGGUGGAAUAGUAACAGAGAGGAUUAAUGAAGGGACAAGCGAUUGUGCUCUCCUGUUAGAGAGAGUGGAGAGGAUGCUCAUCUGAUGCUGUAGGGAAUACGAACCGAUUCUGAUGUGAGAAGGAAACUGAGAAUGCAAUAUGAAAAGCAUCAUAUAUCAAAAAGAGAUAAAAACUGUCAACAGUGCCGUAGAGAAUGAUCCUUGGACAAUUGGUAGGAUCCAGGAACUUGGUAGCCAAACCUUGAAGGUUUAUACAGUGGAGGACAGAACUGAUGAUACCACACACACAACCACACACACAAUAUUACCUGUCACCUUUCCUUCUUAAAGUAACAGCCUUCGUUAAGUUAUCAAACAGCCACUUGGAUGUCUGUAGUAUUCAUUAGUCAUGUGCUGAUUUUAAAUAUUAAUUCUGAUAUUAAAUAUUUAUCGUGAUCAUUUCCAAACCUUUUUAUCCUGGAACAUCACAGUGUACUACAUGGUGACCCAAU